AACUACAGCUGAGCCAACUACAACCACAACUGAGUCUACCACUACCACAACCGUUGAGCCAACAACAUCUCCUACUGGCGGAGAUUUAAUGGUCAUAGCUAUUGUUGCCACUAGACUGGAGGAGAGAACAGGGACUCCGCCCAAUACAAACACCUCCAUCGAUUUCAAAAUUUUUGAAAUAAAAUUUGAGUGUAGUGUAACAUUUAGUGAUGGUAGUGUGGAUCCGGAAAACUUUCUUUUUGACGUCACGUGGUACAUAAACGAUACUGAGGUAUUGGGAAGUUCUAGUACUAAGUUGACACACGCAGAAAUAGCAACAACAGGACAUCUACGGGAGGAAAACUGGCGAGGCUCGCAAACAUUAGGUUUUCAGGUAAAAUGUGGAAUCGCACUCCGUUCCGAUGUCAAUGACCCACCAGGGUCUGUAACCUUUAGCGAGUUGUUUUAUGCCGGAAUUAAGACAGAUAUGCUUGAAUACGUGGUGACUGAAGAUGACUCAUUUGAUAUCCAAGUUAGACUAACCGUUCCUUUAGGCUGUUACUACCCAGCAAAUGCGGCAGUAGGCGUAAAAAACGACAUUAUAGAAAACCAGUGUAAACUGACAUUAAGGAUCCAAACAAGUGUAGACAGUACCGAUGUCAGUUGUUCUGCGGGUGGUCUCACAAACGAGCCAAUCUCUUUUGGAGACAAUGGCUGUGGUUUAGAAUUUAACCAUACAAACUGGGAAAAUGCACAGGUUGUUCGUGUUUACGGAGCCUCGGACAACCAGGUUAAUGUGGAGAAUAGAACGGUAACUGUGCUUCUGAGAGCAGAUACGGUCGUCACACACCAUAACGCCUGGGAUAGUGCUUCAUCGCAAAAUAUUUCUGUGACCGUUGUUGACGCAGACAUUCGGGUUAUAUCCAGUAUUUGUGAAAGCUAUAAUGAUCCUCACAUGAGAACGUUUGAUGGCAGAUCCUGGGAAAAUCAGCGUCUAGGCGAAUUUGUGGUAUUCCACAACAAAGAUUAUUGGGUACAUGCUAUGUACCAGACCUGUGUGAAUGGUGUACCUGGAGCCACAUGUAACUGUGGAGUAGCUAUAAGGAACAACAACGCACUCUUUGUUGCGAAUUUUUGUGAUGCCAUAAUCGGAUGGUCUGUUAGCGACGGAGUCAGUUCAAACCAAUACAUAGAGGGGACGUUUUGUGACGAUGCACCCAUGAAGAUAGACAAUGACGGGAAUACAUAUACGGUAAAACUCCCGACAGGAACACAGAUAUCCUUCCAUCACGUGACUGAAAACAAUAUCACGUUGAUUGGUGGAAUAGUCAUCAAGCCCUCUCUCGCUGAUUGGCAAAUGUCCUCGGGACUAUGUGGGUACCUGGACGGGAACAUGAAUAACGAUUUCAGGACUAAAGAUGGUGGAACAACAGGUGACGAGAAGACAUUUGCUCUGGAUUGGAAAAUAACAGAAGCAACCGGUGACGUGUCACUGUUUGGUGACAUCACGUUACCAGAUCAGAGUACAACAUUACCCAGAUAUUGUAAGUGUAGAGGCAAUGAGAGACAUGGUGUCACUUCUGCAGAGUGUAACAUCAACACUGCGACAACCCUGUGCUCGGGUUCCGGAUCUGCCCGCUUUUUUAAAACCUGCGCCGAACCUUCGCGACGGAAACGGUCAGCAUCUGAGCCUCAACUACGACACAAACGAGCAUCAGGGGGAGGCGAAGCAGUGCCCAAAUUUCCUGUAGUUCUCGAUAGUGACGCUGACUCGGAUCCGACGCCUUUGUCUUGGAGGAAUGGAUGGGAUGAAUCAACAGCGAAAGUAGCUUGCACACAAUUUCUACAGGAUCAGAAGUUUUUGCAGAAAUGUGAAGAAGUACUAGAGAACAUGGCAAAUGAGACAGCGAAGGGGAUCAAGUCCUGCGUUAAAGACAUCAAGCUCAUAGGAGACAGCAGAUUUAUGCAGUCAACGGCUGAUACGUUGGCCGAAAAUUGUCGGUUGACAGCAGUUAAACUAGAAAACCUUACCAAGACUCCAUCUCCUGCUGGUACACCAGGAAAAACAUUGCUAGACGAAAUGUUGGACCUCGAUUGUAGGAAUAACUGCUCUGGAAAUGGAAUCUGUACAAAUCGAAGAUGUGAAUGUACUGGCGACUUUGAGGGUAGUGACUGUUCCAUCAAGCGAUCAUUACCUCCUAUCGUUUCGUCAAAGACAAACCCAGGACUGUGUCAGCGUGAUGUGUACACUUGUAACACCUUCUACGUCUCAGGGUCAAACUUUGCACGUGAAAAUGUCACCUGUAGGGCCGUUCAUUUCACAAUAGACUCAACCACACAUCAUCUGACGUCAAAGAACGAGACAUUUCCGGCCGUACCGAUGUCCGGCGGAAUAGGAUGUUCCUGUUCUCUACCACAGUCUCGACGGAAGAGGCGAUCUGCGCAUGCCAGUGCUGUUCUAGCAAAUGGAUUUUUCCUUGGCGUUUCGAAUGACGGCGUUGCGUUCAGUGAUAACCUGGUGGUGAUCGUUUACGACUCAACAUGUUAUACCUGUAACACGACGUCAAUCUCGUGUAUUGUAAAGAGUUCGUGUCAGUCUACAACUACUGAUUUACCUACAAUACCAACGACCAUAUUGGAGGACGUCCCACACCUGCAACACGGUAAUUGGAACACUGGAUUAAUAGUCAGCGCGGUCAUCGGUGGAAUAGGAGGUAUCGCUGUGGUGUUGGUGCUGACCAAAUUCGUCCUAACUUACAAGAAAUCUGCCGCGGCAAAAAAGGAGAAGCAAUAUUCAGAUACACGGGAGGAUGAGGAUAACUACUACAGGCGAAACACCUAUUGGGAGCAUAGCAGAGGUUAUCCGAGCUUCGGACGUUCCCCUGGAUCCAGUCGUAUACAGACCCGGCUUUAUUAAUGACUACAGCUGUGUGAUAACUACUACAGGCGAAACACCUAUUGGGAGCAUAGCAGAGGUUAUCCGAGCUUCGGACGUUCCCCUGGAUCCAGUCGUAUACAGACCCGGCUUUAUUAAUGACUACAGCUGUGUGAUAACUACUACAGGCGAAACACCUAUUGGGAGCAUAGCAGAGGUUAUCCGAGCUUCGGACGUUCCCCUGGAUCCAGUCGUAUACAGACCCGGCUUUAUUAAUGACUACAGCUGUGUGAUAACUACUACAGGCGAAACACCUAUUGGGAGCAUAGCAGAGGUUAUCCGAGCUUCGGACGUUCCCCUGGAUCCAGUCGUAUACAGACCCGGCUUUAUUAAUGACUACAGCUGUGUGAUAACUAUGAGACUUGGUUGGCUAGCUUCAUUUGACUUUUUGUAGUACUGUAUAAGUGGAAACUCCGUAAUGCAUAAAUACUUAGGUUUUUUCGCGUUGUGUAAAUUAGCGCGAAAAUAUUCACACGCAAAUAAACUUUGAAAGAUUUUCCAUAUUCUUGAUGAAUGGAAUAGAUAUAUUUCAGAAUUGUUGCAAAUGCAAAAAAUUCAAUACUGCGAUCACUUUAAAGAGUCACCAAGGGAACAUUUGCAACGCAAACAUGUACACUUUUGCAGUAUUUGGAGUUUAGACUCAACAUAAUUAAGAAAUCCCUUUGUUUCAAUAAAUGUUAUUGUAUGUUGUACAUAUCAGUUUUUGAAUCGUAUCGUUCUAUAACAUGUCAAUAACAUAAAGAGUGCACGUACACUCUGUUAAUCAUUGAAAGUUUCAAUUCAUAAUUGUUAUCCCAAGUUGCUUAUGUUCGUACCUUCAUAUUAUUAAUAACAAAUUGGAAUAAUAAGAUACAUUUCCAAUAAAGAGUUUAGUUAAAUACAACAAUUCAGCUUUUCUUUGAAUACAACAAUUCAGCGUUUCAUUAAAUACAACAAUUCAGGGCUGCGAUUAAUUUCGGCGUUUUUUAAUAGAAUUUAAAAUCCCAAUGCUUAUAUGAAAAAUGAACACCGCAACUUGAUGAUAUUCUUUGCUGAUUUUGAUGUCACUAACAUAUCCAAUGAUUGACUAUAUCUACUUAACAAUUUGCCAAAGGAAUAGCGACAUUCUACGCAUUUCAUCAAAUGCUCACAUUUAUAUCAAGUUCCAUAUCUAUAAAUGUCAUUAUAUAUUUGCAUGUUAAUAUUGAUAAUACAUUAGAUAUACACUGACAGUGCAAUGCAUAUAUUUUUCCCGUGUUAAGAAGUAGCGAGGAGUUUCACGGGUUGGUUUCGUUUGUCUGUUCACCGAAGUAGAUAUUAAGUAUUUAAGGAGUCUUUAGCCUCACCCUCUUUGGUGAGGUUAGGGUGAAGAUGGUUGGGCAUUAUAAUAAUGAUAGAUGAAGGAGGGUUAGGAUGGUGAGGCAUUAUAGUAAUGAUAGAUGAAGGAGGAUGAGGAUGGUGAGGCAUUAUAGUAAUGAUAGAUGAAGGAGGGUGAGGUUAGUCAUGAUUGUGAGGCACUUUAUUGAAGACAGAUUAAGGAGGGUGAGCUCAUGUAGGAUAACGUACCUGAACUGACAAGGUCAAAGGUUAAAGCUAUUAGACAUAUUUUUGUACAGAGAAAAAUAUGUUUCUGUGUUAUCUUAUGUAGGAACUUGUCUAUUUUACAAAUAAGACGCUACCUAGACAACAGUCUGUGUGUAAAAUCCACGAACCUUUAUGUGGCAUUUAAAUAAAGGAACUCUCUUACAGUUUUCAUUAUCAUCUGUAGCACUCUCUACUGAUUAGUAGCAGAUUAUAUAUGUAUUUCCAUUUAAGUGACAACCUCGAGUCUACAUUUUUUUCACAUCCAAUUAGACAACUAUCCAUCCAGAUAAUCACUGCCAGUCUAAAUGUUUUCUUAGUGUAGUAAAGCAAGAUAGUAUGUGAAUAACCACACCAACUCCUCAGAUAUGAAAACCAGCCAUUUAUUUGUUAAUCAUGCAUUAUUUCGCUGUAACAUGAACAUUGUAAGGCCUACACGGUGUAUACAUUUCAAAACAUCUGAUCUAUAGCAUAAUUUAAAUGACCAUACUAGAUAUAUAUAAUCUCUUUCAUUUAUUCAUGUAUUUUCUAAUAUAAAAGAGUUAUUGUGGUGUAUACAUUCCAAAAUUUGUAAUAUUCUAGCGUUAUCUUUUUUUUUAAUAGCAUAUAACCAAAAAAAUGUUUCUAGUUUAUCACAUAAUGGUCACAUGCUCAGACUCACCUCCAAAAUAAUUUAGUAUUUGCUGACCAAGUGUCAGAAUAAGUGACCUAACACUGACCAAUCAACAACGCUAGAGGUGAAAUGUCUCCCUCAAAACAGGAGAAUAAAACUAGUUUGCUGAAUCAUGUACUUUAAUUAAUCUCGUGUAAGGUUGUUCUUAUUUGUCAGGUGAAAUAGAGAACAUUCAUUCAAUUGAAAUAUAAAUAGCAUCACGGAGUACGAUUUCUAGUGAUUAAUAUGUUUGAUAAAGGAAAUGUACAUCGAUUCUGUGAAAAAACUGAAGAUGAAAUUGAUUACAAAUUAACUAUAAAAACUCCAGAGAGUGAAAAUAAAGUACAAGUUAAAUUAUCAUUCAACAGAGAAACGCAGAGGUUAAACAUAUGCACAAAAAUAUUGGAGCCAGUGCAGAUAAUUGAUCCCGAACCGAGAGAGUUUAUAGACUUGGAAACGGUUGAAGUUAAAAGCAUGAUUUGAUGUACCAAAAUAUAGUGUUUGUUGCCUUAAUUAACUUAUACACCAUUACCGCAAUGUUUCUUAAAAGACAAUCAAAUUCAAAACGAAGGUCUUAGAGGUAUUUUUUAUUGUAUAUCAACACAUAUACAAACAUAUACAUAUAUAUAUAAUCUUCUAACAAAUGAAUUAACCAUUGUUAAAAUAUUUAGUUAUUUAAAAUAUCAAAAAUAUAACAUGAAUUCUUCUUAACUCUCGACUUUGUUGUGUUCAAUCAGAUCUUGUUUAAAUAAAAUUCUUUAAAGGUAAAAAUGAGGCUUUGCUUUAUCAUCUGAUGUACAAUUCAUAAAGAUACAUUGAAAACAUGUAAUCGGUUGUUGUAUAAUUUUAGAGUUAUGUUUUGCAAUACAAGACAUACAGCUACAUGUAUGUCUACUAUUAAUGUGACGUAAACUUUACUACUCCAUCAUUGCUUUAUAUAAAUUAUAAUUAAAUAAUUACAUUGUAAAAGGAAUACAUAAAGUGAUAUGAGGCUUUUUUCCUGAUGUACAAUACAUAGAGAUACAUAGUUAUUGAAAUGAAUAAUGAACUAUGACAUAAUGUUAUUGGUUAAAUUUCGAACUAAUUGGAGUAGUUUUGUACAUAAUAAAUCAUUUCUAACAUUUACAAAAUAUCUAUUAUUAAAGUCGUGUAAGCUUUACAACACCGUCUUUGUUUUGUAAUGGCCGAAGGCAUAGCUAUCGCAAAAAUUGGGAAGAAUCUAGCGCUUGUCAUCAAAAGCACAUAACCCAGAUUUGUUGAUGUUGUACACGUACAUGCAUAAAUGAUGUCUAUCGCUC